AUGAGCCAUUUGAAACCCGAUGACUACGUGCCACAAGCAAUCAGAACCAGUUUUUGGCAGCCUUCUCCAACGGAAGAUGAAGAUAUGGUUCUCGCCUCAUCAAAAACGAAGCCGUUGGUGUCAGUUUUGUCGAGUUUGACUAAAAUAGGUGAUGAUCAAAUCCGAAGAAAAAUUGAGCAGAAUGAAGAUGUCAUCGAAAAUGAUUAUUCGAACACAGUUCACUCGGUUUUGAAUUGCUUUAAAAAGCGCAUGAAUGUGAUUGAAGAGUGUGAGUUAUUCGAUGAAAGUGACGACGACUAUGAAAUCGAUGUAGAUAAAUUAAUUGAAAGUGAAAAUUCUCUCAGUGAAAAAUUUCGAAAGAGAAGCGAAGAUCCCAAUUUCUACAGAGAUUACAACGGAGAAGGAUCGUUGCACAGUGACAAAGCGUCUGCUAUGUCCAACAGAAGCAAGGGUGUAAUACCAAUUGAGAAGAGCACAGGACCCAUAUUUGGAUCACAUAAGAGGAUUGAUGAGGUUACAUACAAAAAUUACAUCAAUGCCAAAAAACCAUCUACACUGGUGGUCUCAAAGGUUCAAGGCCUCCAACCUAGAAUUGACACAACAGGGGUGCCAUUACGGGAAAACGAACGAUAUAAAAAGUUUGAAGACUAUGUUAUUGACAAAAAGAAGCAAGCUGAGGAGGACCACAGAAUGAAAGACUUCAGAAAAAGCCCAUAUUCUGUCACUAACAUUAUUAAGGUUACAUGUAAAAAAAAGUCGAAUGAUGCCGAAAAAUUACAAAAGAAGGAAAAAAACAAUGACCGUACGAUACAGAAAUCUCAACGGAAAAAUAUAGUUUCAACUUGCGCAACCAAAACCAGGAAACGUGUGAAAAAGGUGGUGGAGCAUCAUCACCACUACUAUAAGGAUGGUCAGGUUGUCCACACAGAAGUAACAACUCUCCACAGGUCCUCCAGUUGUUAUAGAAGAACCAUGCAACAUUACCCAUUCCACAACGUCCACAGACCAUGCUACACAUAUUGCUAA